AUGGGGGCAAAGUUCUAUUUGGAUAUCCUGGAUCGUGGGCUCAUUGCAUUAGAUCAUAAGUAUGCCACACGUCUUUUUCGGCACCAAUCUUCUUUCAAGAAAAUGGAGUUGUGGCCGCUAGAAGGUGAAUGUGCAAGAGUUAUAGAUUUGGUUGAAAACUCAGGUUUGUACAAUGCCGUUCUGAACUCUGUGAUUGCGUAUGACAAGGUCGCAGUAUCUAGUUUCUGUGAAAGGUAUCACGCUGAAGUCGACACAUUCCAACUUCCUUUUGGUGAGAUGGCGAUAACUGCUGAUGACGCAGAACAGAUAUUAGGGUUGCAGGUCGAAGGAAAAUCAACCGGUGAGAAGUUCAAGAGAAGGCCUAGUUGGGAAGACAUCUAUACAUGGACCAAAAACUUGUUUGGCUGGGAUUCCGUGAAGAUUAAUGGGCUUUUCGAGAAGGGACCUAACAAAGGUAACCGGGUGAGCGCCAACCUUAUUCAGCUUUUGGAUCCCUUGGAAGAUGUGAGCAAGCACUCUUGGGGGACUGCCAUAAUUGCACACCUGAAUGGUCAGCUUUCUCAGGGAUCUCGCAAACUAACUUCUCAAAUUAAUGGGAAUUUGGCUCUAAUCCAGGUGUGGAUUUAUGAUCAUUUCCCAUCACUGAUCAAAGAUAAUGAAGAUGUGGAACUCAACCCACAAUGGAGCAAAGGUAGUCCAACGGGAACCAAAUACUUGUUCACUGGUUCUCAAGAUAGGGAACAAACUGAUGCGUUGAUACAAAUGCGUCAAAAACUUGACAACAUCACGGCUAAAGAGGCAGUCUUCAAUCCGUACAAGAAUAAUAGAGUUGGCGCAAUGGAAGAUGUCAUGUAUUACCAUGGCCCUUUGUUUCACCCUAACUGUUUUUCAAUGUACAAUCCGAUAAGAAUCAUGCAUCAACUUGGUUUUAUUCAAGAUUCACCCGAUGAGGAUUAUAUACCUCCAUUCAAGCACGCGUUGGAAAAGUGCGAGGCUGACGAAGCGGGUAUAAAGGUGGAUUAUGAACCUAAAGUUGAUGUCAAGCAUUGGAAUGAUAAACACUCUAGGCUUGUAGACAUCUCAUGGUGGGUGCAUGGGUAG